AUGUCAAGUCCUGCAGGAAUCUCGAGGUGUGCUACGUUCGCCCCAGGUAGCCCACUUAUCCCACCUCGGCCACCUCCAGGCUAUGCAUCCCUCCGCGUCUUGCCUUCCGAGAUACUCCUGGAGCUCACUAUUUCCAACCGCUGCGGACAGGCGUUCAGAUGGCGAGCCAAUGAUGUAUGGGAGCCGGUCGAUCGAGAGGAGGCAAAAAGGGACACUGUCUAUCCAGCUGGAAAUUCAUCCUCAGUGGUGACGAAGGAUGAGAGCUUGGUAGAUGCUGCCGUUGCGAAUCGCCCCAUCAAGGCGGAUCCAGACGAAAACGAUACAUCAUCUGCAUGGCCCGACGCAGAACAUGACGACGUGGGGGUGAAGGCCGAGCAUGGGCAGAAGAAAGAGUCCACUUCGUCACUUACCGGUGAUGUCGAGUGGCAACGGUGGACCGAGUACUCAAUGGCGCUAUCCGAUCGAGUGAUCCUGCUGCGCCAAGACGUCUCUAGAGGCUACGUCUACCAUCGUACACGGCUUCCCGAUGCGAUUGAGGCUCAGCUUAGCGGACAUGAUUACGUCGAGCUAUACGAAAGGGGCACAGAUGCUUGGCUCAGAGACUAUCUCAAUCUCCGAGUGCCGCUGGAUCAAAUGUACCAGGAGUGGGCGGACAAGGACAAAGUGUUUGCAAGAUUUGCCAAGCGCUUUGCAGGCGUCAGGAUGCUUAGACAAGGUAAUUUUGGAUGAACACAUGGCGCUGCAUCCUUGCGUAGGGACAGCCCUUUUGCUCAUUUGACUCUCUUCCCACCUCGCGGCAGAUCCGUGGGAGUGCUUGUGCGCAUUCAUAUGCUCCAGCAAUAACAACAUCGCACGGAUAGGUCAGAUGGUUAUGGCACUAAGCCAUCGAUACUCUCCGCCUCUCCUCACGCUGGAAUAUCCCCCACCUCCGCCGACCACUGGCACUGAUGCCACUUCCACGGGCGUUGAAGCGGGACCGACGCGAAUAACGUACCACCCCUUUCCUGCUGCCGCAGCCCUAACUUCCGAGGAUGUGGAAGGCACGCUGAGGAGCGAGCUUGCUUUCGGAUAUCGAGCAAAAUACAUUUGGCAAACAGCCCGAGUCCUCGCUCAAACACAUGUGGGCCCGGAGCCGGACUGCGGAUACGAGUGCAGGCUCGCAUUGGAAGGUUUGAAUCUUGCUCCUGUUCAUGUGACUACACGGAAUCUGUCAAGACCUGCGACUCCGCCUCCUACUCCGCGGAAGAGGAAGCGUACGAAAACGGAUGCUAAUCGCUUUGCCAAAGAGGGUGACGGCAGCGCUUCGACAGAAAGCAGUCGCUUGCAGACGACACACUCGCCCACGUCUUUCCUACACUCCUUGAGAUCCAUGACAUACCCUGGAGCCCGUGCGGAGCUGAUCAAGUUCCAGGGAGUCGGGCCAAAAGUUGCAGAGUGAGAAGAAGUGGAGAGAACGCUGUGGGUGGUUGCGCGGCUGAUAGCUUGUUUCCGUUUGAUGUCAUCACAGCUGCAUCUUGUUAAUGUCGAUGGACCAGCCCUCUAGCAUUCCCGUCGACCGGCACGUCUAUCAGGUGCGUCUUUGGUCUGUCGUGCGCGCUUGACUAAAGGCUGUCGAGCUACGAAACUGACUCGUCUUGCCCUACCAACGAAGUUCGCGGCGCGCUGGUACGGCAUGCGGGUGAAAGAAGGCACCAAGGGCUACGAAGAGCUCGCCGAUCGCUUCAGGCAGCUUUGGGGGGAGUAUGCAGGCUGGGCACACUCGGUGAUUUUUACCGCGGAUUUGCGCUCGUUUCAGAACUUCAAAGUCGAGGCUGUGAAGGGCGAGAAAGUGAAGCAGGAAGACUUGAGUAGCUCAAUUGAGCUCCCCGGGCUCAACACGAUUGACGCCAAGCCUUUCGUUCCGACACCUCCGACUGCUCCUCUCGUUGCUGCACAGCCAGAAUAUGAGAUGCUACUCAAGCCAGUUGACAAGAGCAGCUAUCAUCGACCGCGACGACCAGUAUCGAGGCGCGUUCAAACCCUUGAAUCUGCUAGCGCUGGCAAAGAACCCACACAUCGGUCAACGCUGGAGGGAAAGGCCAGCUGUCCACUACGGCCUUCCUCUCAAGCGCAGACAAGCAGCCCUGCUGAGAAUGCCCACGGCGAUGCGACGCCUUCGACAACGAUGGCGGAUAGAGUCAAGAUCACGCGGCGGAAAAGGGCGUAA